AUGCAGCAGGACCAGCGGAACAAGGUUCGGAAUGAGAAAGCAAGAAGGUACUUGAGCAGCAUGAGAAAGAAGGACCCUGUUCCAUUUUCUCAGAAGUUUCCCAGUGCAGAUCCUUUGGCACUUAAACUAUUAGAAAAGCUAUUAGCGUUUGAUCCAAAGGACCGUCCAACAGCAGAAGAGGCAUUGUGUGAUCCAUACUUCAAAGGUCUUGCCAGGGUUGAAAGAGAACCAUCCUGUCAGCCAAUCAGAAAAGUGGAAUUUGACUUUGAGCACAAAAGAAUGUCAAAGGAAGAGAUAAGAGAGUUGAUAUUCCGUGAGAUACUGGAAUAUCACCCACAAUUGCUGAAUAGCUACAUUAAUGGCACAGAGAGGACAACCUUUCUCUACCCAAGUGCUGUUGAUCAAUUUAAGAAGCAGUUUUCUCAUCUUGAAGAGAGUGGUGGUAACAGCCCAUCAGUUCCAACAGACAGGAAACACGCAUCCCUUCCCAGGACUACUGUUGUUCACUCGAAUCCAAUUCCUGCCAAGGAACAACCUCUUGCUGCCUCAUCAAGGGUUAGACCAGUCUCUGAUGAUUCAUGUAAGAAUCCUUGGGAGAAAGGAAGUGGUCCCGGAAAUGUUCCCAGGGCAUCUCUGGCUCCACAAGGGCUGCAAGCACAAGCAGGUCGUCGAGGGCUACUUGAUCAGGUCGGAAGUCCAAUGAGGUACCCAAGCGAUAAUGCUACUACUACCGCGGUCGUCAACUCCACGGCACUGGAUGGGAGCAAGUUCACGCUGAUAUUUUGUGUCCUAAGGCUGUGUGGCAAACGAGACUGCUAUUGCUGCGAGACUGGAGAUUACUGCUACUACUCACGGAAACAGUGCCAGGCCAACUGCGACAGCUGCGACCCCAAGUGCCCGCCGCCGCGGUUGCCCCUGCAGUAA